AACAGGAACCAAACAUGAAUUUUGACCAGAUCCUCGCCGCUGUUGGAGGGUUUGGAAAAUACCAGAAGGUUUUGUACGUGUGGAUCUGUUUGCCCAACGUGCUGCUCGCCUUCCACAUGAUGGUGAGCGUCUUCACCGGGGCCACUCCGCCUCAUCUGUGCCGGGACAGACUUGACCCCGGCGCGCGCAAUGGCACCGCGGACUUCACUGCGCUUAUCCUCAACUCCAGCGACGCACAGGCUUGUCCCGGGUCCGAGGAGGGGGCUCCGGGGGACAGCCGCGCCGCCCCCCCGCGGUGCGUCCACGGAUGGGUUUACAGCAACGAGACAUUCCACAGCACCACGGUCACUGAGUGGGACCUGGUGUGUGACGACGCGCGGCUCAACAGUAUCGGCUCGUCCAUCUACAUGUCGGGGCUGCUGGUGGGGUCCCUGGUGUUCGGGUCCCUCGCCGACAGGUUUGGCCGGCGCCUGAUCCUGCUCCUCUCCAUCGCUCUGCAGACGGUUUUCGGCGUCACCGUCGCCUUCGCCCCGAAUUUCACCGUUUACGUGAUACUUCGGUUUGUCGUCGGCGCCACGAUCUCAGGAGUCAUCAUCAACGCAUUUGUGCUCGGUACUGAGUGGACAUGCACCAAACGCCGCAUGCUGGCCGGCAUCACCACGGACUACGCCUUUGGCCUGGGCUACAUGAUGCUAGCGGGCGUGGCGUACUUUAUCCGAGACUGGAGAACGUUGCAGUUGGCGAUAUCGGCCCCCGGCUUCCUGCUUAUUUUCUAUAUAUGGGUUCUUCCUCAGUCGGCUCGGUGGUUGCUGGCGAAUAACAGAACAGACGAGGCCCUGGCGCUGUUGCGUAAAGCGGCGCGAGUGAACGGCCGAGUGCUGCCCCCCAGUCUGCAGGUGGAAAAGUGUGUGGUCGAAGGCGGAAGCAGGCGACGUCACACGGCCCUGGAUCUUGUUCGUACCCCGAAGAUGAGAAAACAGGCCCUCAUCCUGUUCUACAUCUGGUUCGUGAACGUGCUGGUGUACUACGGCCUCUCAUUGGGCGUCUCCAGAAUGGGCACGAACCUGUACCUCACUCAGUUCGUGUUCGGGCUGGUGGAGAUCCCGGCUCGCUCCAUCGUUCUGUUCGUUCUCCCGUUCAGCCGCCGCUUUUCCCAGAGCGGCUUCCUGGCUGUUGGGGGUCUGGCCUGUCUUUUCAUGCUCACGGUUCCUGCAGAUCAGUCCAAUGUGAUGACGGGUCUUGCCAUGGUGGGAAAAUUUGGGAUCACCGCUUCCUUUGCCGUUGUCUAUGUGUACACUGCAGAGAUAUUCCCAACUGUGCUUCGCCAAACGGGGAUUGGCGUGUCCAGUAUGUUUGCCAGAAUGGGUGGAGUUCUGGCUCCUAUUAUUAAUAUGAUCCACAGCCACAGCCCCACAACCCCGCUGGUUAUUUUUGGAACUGCGCCUGUGCUCGGGGCUGCGCUGGCUCUGAUGCUGCCAGAGACCGCGGACAAACCUCUGCCAGACACUGUGGAGGAUGUGGAGAACUGGUACAAACGAUCAGCUGACACUGACAAACCUAAAGUUCCCGGUGAAACAUCUGAAUUAUCAAACUCAGGAGAACAUCAGCUUGAAAGUCAAACGUAGAACUUUGCUUUUUUUUACUGUUCAUUUUACAGAAAGUCUGAGCCAAAACUUCAAACAUGUCUCACACUGCUCUAUGCAACUCACUCUAUGCAAUAAACUCAGGUUUUACAGUUCACUCAGAGCAAACACAAGGGACUUUUCUGGUGCCAAGCUGGUUUUAUAUAUAACAUGUGUGUUCUUGAUAUAAAAUACUCUCAAGACUGAGAUGUUUACAGUUUUAAAAUUUUAAGCCUUUUGUUUCCUUUGUGUUGAUUUGUUUUGUCAUAUGAACCUUUCCCUCGGACCAGGGGAGAAAACGCUUCAAACGCACAACUGUUUUUCUAAUAACGAGAAUGUUUUAUAACAACAUUUUUGUGACGGCAAUGUUACAUUACAGCAUUUUAGUAGCAUGGCCUUUGACCUUUUGUAGCAUGUUUUGUGUUUCCAGAUGUUUAACUGUUUGUACAGAGUGUGCCGACUGAAUGCAUUUCUACAGUGGCAAUGUCAAACUGAAUGAGUUUUUAACAAAGAGCUACAAUUUAAAGUUUACAGUGAAUGUAAAUGUGAUGCUUGUUUUACAAAUUCAUGUGUUUACACUUAAACCUUUAAAAGUUUGAUAUAAACAUUGUUUUAGUUUGAAGCUACAGGCACAAUCAAAACAGUCUAAGGUGAAAAUGUAGCAUCAGUUUGGUGACUUCCAACAAUAUUUUUUUAAAUCUGUCAAACUCAGAUUGUGUUUGUGGGUCUCAUUUACAAAAUAAACUUUAUUGUAUCAUUUGAAUGCAUUGCAUUUAAAAACUGUAAUAAUCAAGUAAAUAAUAAAGUGACGGCCUUUGGGCCAGACUU